CCGUACAAUUGACCACUAAAUGGUAACACCCGAAUAAGUUAUUCAACUUGUCUAAGUUGGGGUCAACUUCAUUAAACCUUGAAAAAAAUCGACAUAAAUUUGCUCAAAUCUGACUUUAAACAACGACUGGACAACAAAGUAUGGCUAUUGUUUCCUUUCGGACCUUUUAAGCGGCGGACAUUGCGGUAGACAAGCGGCAACAACGGUGGAAAUUCACACGUGGAAACUUCAUCACUGAACUUUGUUCCAAUCUUUGUUUCGAUGAGAAAAUUGUGGUAAUAAGUCGGCUAGUACCGGAGACAUGGGCGGAGCAGCUGCGACUGGCGUCCAUCAGAGACACUGGCGGUCACCACAUCCCUCCGACUUUCAGCACCCAGCAUUGACCCACCCACACAACCAUAGCAGUAACAGCCAAUCAGCAGUGCGUAUUCAGAGCGGUAACAACCAAUCAGCAGCGCGUAUUCAAAGCGCAUGUCGUCACCCCUUCAGCGUCGAGCAGAUAGGUGUUUAGCAGACCUUCGCUCUGAUCCAGACCCGCCUGGUCACCCCAUAUCUGUCCCCCCACCCAGCCCAGUUGGGCAACGCUGCCCUCCAGCAGAAGCACAUCCUGCUGCCUCUGAGGCCAUGGGAUCAUACGAGGAGCAGGAGAACCCGGCAGAAUACGGGAUAGGGGGUUAUUAUCCUGUAGAAAUUGGAGAGAUAUUUGAGGAUCGAUACCAAGUUGUGAAAAAGUUGGGAUGGGGUCACUUUUCGACUGUGUGGCUCUGCUGGGAUAUGGUAAAAGGAGGUUUCGUGGCUCUGAAGGUGGUGAAGAGUGCCGAGACAUAUCGAGAGACAGCGCUGGAUGAGAUCAAACUUCUGAAAUGUGUGAGGGACAGUGAUCCCAGAGAUCCUAAACGUGACAGCAUUGUGCAUCUCAUCGAUGACUUCAGGAUUUCUAGAGGGAACGCGCAGCAUGUGUGCAUGGUUCUGGAGGUACUUGGUCACCAGCUUCUAAAGUGGAUCAUCAAAUCCAACUACACCGGUCUUCCACUUCCUUGUGUCAAGAGUAUCAUCAGACAGGUUCUGCAGGGUUUGGAUUACUUGCACACCAAAUGUAAAAUCAUCCACACCGACAUUAAGCCAGAGAACAUCCUCCUGCACGUGGACAAAGUGUACGUUCAGAAAAUGGCGGCCAACACCAAACUGUGGCAAAUGCCAGACUCCACUGGGUUAAAUGUGAACCCCAGCGGCAAACAGAAAAAGAGAUUGUCCACCUUGAUGGGGAGGCUGACAGGGGUUUUCCAAUCCAUUGGGAAUUGGUCCAGUAAGACUUCAAGAUCGCAGCUGAAACGGUUAAUGAGGAAGGAGAAGAAGCCGCAGCGGCGAGGACAAGAGAGCGACCACAGUCAAAUAGAAACUUCUUGCGCUGCUGUUCUUUCUGAUGUGACAACACCCUUGAGCACACGCAGCGCCACCUGUCAAUCAUCGCUUCUGUGUUCCGACCUCAAAUUAAGGAGGCGGACCUUGCUGCUGUCUGACGGGCCGGACUCGUCUCUGCUCAGUCGCAGAAACCUCACCUUUUCUUUGCCAGACAUCACCAAAGAUGUAUUUUUGCACCCGGCUGCAGACAUAACUCCUUCUCCUCCAGGAAGCAGUGACUGUGAUGUGCCUUUUGACUUCCUGUUGCCACGCAACGCUGAGAAGCUGCUCGUUAAGAUUGCAGACCUGGGCAAUGCUUGCUGGGUGCACAAACACUUCACUGAGGACAUCCAAACAUGUCAGUACCGCUCCGUGGAGGUGCUGAUUGGCGCUGAUUACGGCACCCCGGCUGACAUCUGGAGCACUGCCUGCAUGGCUUUUGAGCUGGCAACAGGGGACUAUCUUUUUGACCCUCAACCAGGGGCCACAUUCUCCCGUGAAGAAGAUCACAUUGCUCACAUUAUUGAACUACUUGGAGCCCUCCCAUCACAGUUUACUCUCUCAGGGAAGAAGUCCAAAAUGUUCUUCAACCAAAAAGGACAACUGAGGCACAUCUCCAAGCUGAAGCCGUGGAGCUUGUUGGAAAUUCUUUUGGAUAAGUACGAGUGGCCCAAGGAUGAAGCAACGCAGUUCAGCUCGUUCCUCCUAACCAUGUUGCAGCUUCAGCCGGAAAAGCGAGCCACAGCGGCGCAAUGUCUGAAACACCCAUGGAUCACAUCUUAAGAACUUUACCUGCCCAACAGCAUGGGGGGCCAAACGUAAACAUUCAACCACACUCUGAGCUGAUAUAUUCUGAAUAUAUAUAUCACGUUUAGGUCUUUUCUUUCAAAUUUGAGGUUGAAUCAAACGGUGGGUUUACAUGUUAUAUCUAAAUGUUAAAUACAAAUAUAAAAAGGUUAAAAAGAAUAAAUGUUGAAUCUAAAUAUAGUGUAAAUUUUCAAUGUAAUAUCUAAAUUAGUUUUCUACCGCUUGUCUCUUUUGGGGUCGCCUAUUCCCAGGUGCAUGUCUUUGGAGGUGAGAGGAACCCACACAUUCAUGGAAAGAACAUGCAAACUUCACACAGAAAAACCUCCAGCCCGGUAAUCCAACCCAGGACCCUCUUAAGUUAAAGUACCAAUGAUUGUCUCACACACACACACACCGUGGUAAAACUUGUCCUCUGCAUAUUUAGAGGCAUGAGCACUAACCACUGCUCUACCAUGCUGCCCCACAUCUAAAUGUUUAACAUAAGUAUUAAAUGUAUAUCUUAAAUGUUAUACCUAAACUGUAAAUACAAAUAUAAAUGUUAAAUCUAAAUCUUCCUCACUGCACAUCCUCUUCCACUCAUUGUCACUAACAUUUGUCGACAUUUUAAAUUUAGAUUAUACAUUUACAUUUAAUACUAGAUUUAAUUUACAUUUAAAAUUUAGAUGUAAUAUGGAAUUUCAGAUUUAACAUUUAGAUUUAUGUUUAACAUUUUUGAUGUAAUGUUUAUUAGAUUCAACAUUUAAAUUUGUAUUCAACAUUGAUUAUACAUUACUUAGUGGAUCUCAGUUUGUAAAAUGUAUGUCUAUAUACAUAUAUAUGUUUAUACUUAUUAAUGCUAGUGUCAAACUGUGACUUUGAUUAAGGUUGUUUCCUCGACGCAGAGGGAAUUCAGCAUAAGCGAGACGUGAAUGUGAGUACAUAUUUUUAUUUUAACACUAUAACUAACAAAAGGCGCUCACAAUGGAGGUACAAAACUUGGCUAUGGAAACAAACACUUGCGCUACGGCCUAAACUAUGGACAUAAACAAAAGACCUAGCACAAAGGCAAUUAACUAUGAACUAUAAACAAAAACUUACACGACAUGGAACUGUGAACGAGGGCAUGAAGGUAGGAACAGCAUGGGUAGGGUGUAGAUGCCAGGACAAAGAGAAAAAGAAUGACUUAAAUAGCAGCUGUGAUGAUUAGUGAAAACAGGUGUGAGGCUGAGGACAGGGUCGUGACUAGGAGACCAGGUGAAGCUAAUGGGUUGGCAUGGAGAUGAAAACAAACCAGGAAGUGCAAAGACAGAACUAAACAUAAUCUGAGCAAACACGGCUAAAAAAAACAUAAUCUUACUGGCUAUUUAGAUGUAAUAUGUAAUUCUAGAUCUAAAAUUUAGAUUUAAAAUAUAUGGUUAUUUAGAUUUGAUACUCAUAUUUUAUACUUAGUUUUACAUUCAACAUUUAGAUUAGACUUUUACAUUUAACAUGUACAUUUGGAUAUAACCUUUACAUUCAGAUUUAACAUGAGAAUUUGAGCUAUAUUUAAUAUUUAUAGUUAACAUUGGAUUUUUGUUUAAAUUCAGAUUUACCAUUUAGAUUCACCAUUUAAUGUAUAUCUUAAUUGUGAUGAAAAUUUGUUAAAUAUGAGAAAAGUGAGCAAAAUAUUCAGAAUAUAUCAGCUCCAAGUGUGAUUUAAUUGUUACAUUUGGCACUCAAUACUCAUAGGGCUCAGAGGUGAUCUUUUAUUUAGUCUGGUGCUGCUUUCUUCACUUUAAGUUACAAUGACCAAAUGAAAUACCUGUUUGUCUUUUUCAAAUGCCUAAUAGUUUGACUGCAGUUUUCCAACCAGCAAUACAAAAAUAAACAUUUUGAAAAAUA